GACUAGUCCUCAAAUUUGUUACCAAGGGUGCAACUCCCUAACAAAUGGCAGGUGAGUUUGCAGAGCUGGACAAGUGUACGGUCCAACCAAAUAGAGCCCCAUAACGCAAACACAACACAUAAAAGUUAAAACACAAUAUACAAAUCUUUCUUAGACCUGGUUUCCAUCUCUUCAACUCAACUUGUCUUGUUUUUUUUAUCUGUCUUUGUCUUGGAUGAAAACCCUCUUCCAUCUUCCAUUCCUCAAUCCUUAUAACAUCAGUUAAGAAGUCCCACAGGAUUCUCUCCUCUCUCUCUCUCUCUCUGUUCUCCAUCUAUCUAUCGAUCGAUCUCUUUUUUUUUUUUUUUUACUCUUUGCAUGCGUGAUAGACCAGGUGAUAAGUGUAUCUUGUCGAACCAGCAACAUAUCAUCAAUCCCAUCAUUCAUUCUGUUCCACUUCACAGUGCAAAACUUGUAAUUCAUUUAUGAUGGCUGUUGACCUACGCAACUGUGAGUUAUUACUUCCUUCUCAGUUUUUCACUCCUCAAGAUCACCUUGAUGGUCUUUCACUGGAUAACAGCAACCGCAGCAGCAGAAACAACAACAAGAACAACAAACCCAUCAAACGAAACGCGUCUUACUUAAUGGGUUCAUCUGAUUCUGGGUCCGAGUGGAGUUCACCUAUUGGCUCUGAGCUGAGUUCAAUCUCAACAGAAAACAGUAAAGAGGAAGACGAUUACAUUGGUGAGUUGACUCGCCAGAUGGCUCAAUACAUGCUUCAAGAUGAAGAUAAACAUGAUAAGUCCUGGGGUUUGUCUGGUUCUCUUGAAUCAACGCUCUGGUCACAGCUUGACUCCAACGUUGAUAGUCCUGUUGAACCAUCUAGGAAGCCAUCUCCACCAUUAACGCCUAUGGUUAUGAAAUUUGAAAAGAUGAAGAUAAAUGAAGAAACAGCCAGCUAUAACGAAGGUGAGAGAGUUACAAGUACAUCCACUACAAAUAAAGUAUGCAGGAGAAACCCGAAUGCUGGAUUUCAAUCAAAGCACGCCUUUAUUGAUGAGCAAAUAAGAGCUAUCCAAUUUCACAGGCUGAAAGAAGAACAAGCUAUGAAGCAAAUGGAACAAAAGCCAAGGAUUAAGCAUUAUCAAAGCAAAGGGAGCGUAUUUGGUGGGUUAAACAAUGGCCAAAAUGUUGCCUCUAACUCUAAUCAUCCUUGGUAUACUCUGCAGCAGCAGCAACAGCGGCAACAGCAACAACAAACAAGAAACCAACAAGCUGGUUCUGAUAUGAGAGCGGUUUUCCUUAAUGCCUACGGUUCAAGAAAUGGUUCUUGUGGGACCGGUGUUUUCUUGCCCCGUAGAAUAGGAACUCCUUGCAAGUCACACAAGAAACAAGGACGUGCCACAGUUCUGAUUCCUGCAAGAGUAGUUCAGGCCCUGAAAAUCCAUUUUGAGAAAACAGGUGUUCCAUCAAGGUUCAAUAGCAGUGGUCUUCCACUGGAACACGAUGUUUCUGUAAGUGGGACGAAUAGCAUGCGUGCACAACAAAAGCGCCAGUCCAGGACGGCGCCGGCUAUCAACGAUCAAGAAAUGGGUCUACCUCAAGAAUGGACAUAUUGAAAUAAGAACCCUCUCAAGCACAUGGGUUAUUGCUUCUCACUUCUAAUUUUUCAAUUAAGUUAAAUGAAGGGAAAAAACAAGUUCAAGCCAGAAUAAACAGGAAAUAAAAAAGACAAGCAGUCGUCAAGUAUAGGGAAUCUACAGAGAAUAUGACAAAGAAAACAAAUGUGCAAUGAAAAAAAUUGGAUACAGUCCUUGUACCUUCCUCUGGCUGGCUUAAGUCUUUGUAAACUUAUUGAGGAUGGCUUUUUGUAAAAUCCUUGUAAUAAAAUCAGCCAUCAGCAAUAUGAACUUGCUUUGGUUUUCAUUUCCAUUUUUUCAUGUCAUUAUUGUACGUGAUGAAUAACUUUUUUGACGAGUAAUGAAAAUUGAAGUGUUAUUUUAUCGAAAAAAGUUUUUCAUUUA